UGCCUUCGCAUGACUCAUCACAUCGGCGCGGCUGUCAGCGCGCCUGCCCCCCACCUGCCUCCCCCCGUCCCCUCUCCGCCCGCUCGGCCUCCUGUCCCUUCCCGCCGCGGGCCGAGCCUCCCCCUCAGCCCGGACCCCUCGGCCCCCGCAGCGCCGGCCGCGCUCCCGCCGCUGAGGCGCGCCCCCUCCCUCCUUCUCCCCCUUCCUCCUCCUCCUCCUCCUCCCCCUCCUCCCGCGGCGUGCGCGCCCCCGCGGGUCCGGCUCGGGAGCGCGCGCGCAGGCGGGCGGGCGGGAGGCGGCUGCCGGCGGUGGGCAGGGAGCUCUCUGCGGGCGCAGUGCUGAUCCGCCGGCGGGCGGCCGGGAAUGCGAAGCAAUGGCCGCGGGCGGCUCGGGCAGCGGCAGCGGCGGCGGCAGCGCGGAGGAGAAGAGCUACCGCCGCUUUCUCGAGCUGUUCUUGGGCGAGUUCCGCGGGCCCUUCGGGGCAGAGCCGGCGCCGGCUCCCCCCCCCGCUGCCGACGCCGCGGCCGCCGCUGACGAGGACCCCGGGGCAGAGGGAGAAGCGGGAACGGCCGCCGAGGCAGAGGAGGGCGAGGGCGGCGAGGGCGACGCCGGCGACCCUCAGCCGCCCGCCCCGCCGCCGCCUCCCCCGCCGCUGCCCCCGCUGCCCCGGCCGCUCUCGGAGUACAUCACGGAGGAGGAGGUGGAGGGCGAGUGCCUGGACCUCUGCCUGCAGCAGCUCUACAAGUAUAAUUGCCCUUCAUUUUUGGCUGCUGCUUUAGCUAGAGCAACUUCAGAUGAAGUCCUUCAGAGCGACCUUUCGGCACACUACUUACCAAAGCAUGUGGACAACGCGGAUGGGAUCAUACAGAUCGAGACAGUGAAGCUAGCCCGCUUAGUUUUUAGCAAACUGCAUGAGAUCUGCAGCAACUGGGUGAAAGACUUUCCACUCCAGCCGAAGCCCCACCGCUACUACGAGACAUCCAUCCAUGCCAUCAAGAACAUGCGCAGGAAGAUGGAAGACAAGCACGUCUGCAUCCCCGACUUCAACAUGCUCUUCAACCUUGAGGACCAGGAAGAGCAAGCGUAUUUUGCAGUGUUUGAUGGUCACGGGGGAGUGGAUGCUGCCAUCUAUGCCUCCAUCCACCUCCACGUGAACAUGGUCCAUCAGGAGAUGUUUCAGCAUGACCCAGCGGAGGCACUGUGCCGAGCUUUCCGGGUGACCGACGAGCGCUUUGUCCAGAAGGCCGCCAGAGAGAGUCUGCGUUGUGGAACCACCGGGGUGGUGACUUUCAUCCGAGGAAAUAUGCUGCAUGUGGCUUGGCUCGGGGACUCCCAGGUUAUGCUCGUGAGGAGAGGCCAAGCUGUGGAACUGAUGAAACCCCACAAACCAGAUCGAGAGGAUGAGAAGAAGCGCAUCGAGGCACUUGGUGGCUGCGUGGUCUGGUUUGGAGCCUGGAGGGUGAACGGGAGCCUGUCAGUCUCCAGAGCUAUUGGGGAUGCCGAGCACAAGCCAUAUAUCUGUGGGGAUGCAGACUCUGCCUCCACUGUACUAGAUGGCUCUGAAGACUACCUCAUUUUAGCCUGCGAUGGCUUCUAUGACACAGUCAACCCCGAUGAGGCAGUCAAAGUGGUGGCUGACCAUCUAAAGGAGAAUAACGGCGACAGCAGCAUGGUAGCACAUAAAUUAGUGGCAUCUGCUCGGGAUGCCGGUUCCAGCGACAACAUUACUGUCAUUGUGGUAUUUCUCAGGGACAUGAACGCAGCAGUCAAUGUUAGCGAGGAGUCGGACUGGACAGAGAACUCUUUUCAAGGUGGGCAAGAAGAUGGCGGGGAAGAUAAGGAGAACCACGGAGACUGCAAACGACCGUGGCCCCAGCACCAGUGCUCAGCACCUGCAGACCUAGGCUAUGACGGACGAGUGGAUUCCUUCACCGACAGAACUAGCUUAAGCAUAGGGUCCAGCAUUAACCUGUUUGACGAUCAAGGCUAUUUAGACCUGACAAAAACAGAAACCAGUACACCUCAGAGUGCCAAAUGUCUGCCACCAAUUCAAGCGUUUAGUCCUGGCAUACCAAAGAGCGCGAAUUCGAUCACCGGCUUAGCAGCGAAGGAGGAAUCACCAGAGCGCACCGCAGCGUCGAUCUGUGGACAGAGCGAUCCCAGGGAGCGUGAUGCUCCUCUUAGUUUGGGUGCUGCAGGGCAGAGCAUCUACAGGGUGACGGGUUUAUCCCCCGUCGUCUUUGGGCUGGAAGAUGAACUGUUCAAAUCCCUGGGGAAACGAGCUGCGAUCUUUCACUUCCGGCUCUGUAACGGGAAGCGGCGACGAGGAGCCAGGCUCAAACCAAAGUUUCACACGCCACUCUUGGCUCGUGAGCCUUCCCACACAGAAGGAUUGAGUCUGCCCUUACCGGUCCGGAGCCGUGGUAGCACGAGGUUGUCGGUAAGACACUCCCCGUGGCGGAGGCUGGCUAGUCAUAGCGCCUACAGCGAGAGCAUGUUUUUGAUGCGAAGACAAAGUAAUUGUAUACCAGAUUCAUCCCUUCAUCAAUGCUGUAAAAUGUAACCAUCUCCCUCGUGUUCCCCCGUCAGACUCCCAAAAUAGACAUUCCCAAAAUAAAACUGGCAUCAUCAGACAGCGAAAAAAGGUGGGCAUUUCAGAACCGUACUCCAGUCCCCCGCAGAGCUCAAACCAUGUGUAAAUAGUUCUAGGAAUUAACAAAUGUCGUUGUUUCAAUCUCAAUAAAGUUUGCUGGUGGUGCCACCCCGAGCAAUGCCGCAGCCACCCGCCCACCCGCACACACAAGUAUCCAGCCACACUCACCCGUGAAAGCCGAACAGCUGGUUCACGUGAACAGACACGGUUAGGGAACGGCCCGUAACAACACGGCGAGGUGAACCUGCCUGAGGGGCGUCUGCGGAGCAAUAUGUAAAGGAAGAUUCUGGUUUAGAACUGCCAAAUUUUUAUAGAGUGGGGGGGGAAGUUUCUGUAGAAGUCAAGGUGUGGGGGUUUUGUGUUCUGCUUUCUGUUUAGUUCAGGCGAGCAUUAAGAUGAAUUAGACAACGACAUCCGCUUUUGCAGGUAAAAGACUAAAAGCCAUACAGGGUUUUACCAGGUAACUUCGGAAUGGACAAACUAAGCUCCUGCUACUCUGUUCUCAGACUCCGAUUGAGGUACAGACUCAUCAUUUACCGAUUUUUUUUUCAUGUAACAUCAAACGUGGAAUAUGAAGAAAACUUUUUUGUAGUUUUUAAAAAAAAUUAUUUCCUAUGGCUAGAGGUGCAGUGUAGGGAAUUUAGUAUCUUUCUGGUGCUUUUAGUGGCAUUUCUCUUGUUUUGUCGGUUUAGGAAGCUGUUCUCAAUUAGUUUUAAUCAAACAUGAUUGCGCUUAAUGCUUUGAGCCAACCUCUUUCCACCGUAACUUCAUCUCAGGUCUUAAACCAGUCUGUGGAGAUGUUCCGUACAACACUACUGUCACUCGACCAGGCAACGCAGAGCACUGCUUGCGAGAGAUAACGAGCAAUGUGAUGAGCUGUUUGGUUUCGGUAAUGACUUCUAGGUGGCAAAGGCAUAAUUUAAUAGAAAGCUGCAGCACGGAGGACGGUAGGAUGCUGCGUCUGCGAGGCGCAGUACUGCUGCGCGUGUAGGAAGGGCUGCCGGCGCGGUCCAAAGCGAACGGAAAUGCCGUGGACGCGGAUGAGCUGGGGCCGUGCUCGGGGUCGAGCAGAGGGGGUAAAGCUCACUGCCGGGCCAGAGCUCUGCUUCGGUUAAACCUGGGUUCAGAAAGGAACGUGAGGAACGUUGGUUGCUUGAAACAAACAGCACCCACCAGCUCUUCCCUGCUCUCGAGGUGAUGUUAAACCCUCAGGGGAGCCGUUAAUUGGGACGUACAUAAGCGGACGAUUCCCAUCAGCUCCACUAAACACACGCCCUGUCACUAGUCUUUGUUACAGCAAGACAUUUGGCAGAGUAUGAAUAAAGAAAGCGUUCACAGGUGUUACUGUACGAUUCGUAUCAUUUUAGCAGUAACCGUUUAAUGACAGCAUUAGUAUUUAGCCAGAACUUGCAAAGUGUUUUAACGUGAAGUAGUCAGGAGAUGAUUCAACACGACGAGAUGGCAAGGGUUGAAUUCUGCCAAUUUCCGCUUCUUCUCUCUUUGAUGCACUAUUUUAAAAGCAAUCUGAUGAACGGCAAAAGCUUCGUGAGUAACCGGGAGCUGGAGUGUGGCUUUAGAUUCCUUCGAUCUUUUUCACACUUUUCUUUUUUUAACUCUUACGGGAUCAUUGGCUCUUAUCUGUCAUCUUAUUAAGCCUUAGCUGUUGUCAACGUUCUCUUUUGCUGCAGCAUAUGUUCCAGGUCAGAUUUACUAAGGAAAUUUGAGAGACCAUGAAACGGUAAAAUAUGCAACUCUGGGGCAUCUCUGCGGUGCCUUGGUUUUAAAUUAUUCACAGUAAUAACGACGCAUUGAAAGUCCGUCUCGGAGCCGACUGUCGUGCUUCGGAGAGAAAGGUGGUGUAAGUGCAAUUCUUUGUACGAGUAAAUUAGAACGAAAAACCGCUACGGACGAUAAAACUUCUUCCCAGUCUGCAGGAGCAGUUGAAGAGCGCCGGACUGCACGUGUGCUGUUGUGGGAAGGACCUAGGUUUUUAGGUGUGGAUUCACAAAUGAUAAUUCUGCGACUCAUCAUUUAUCUUGCUAGGAGAAAAAUCUACCAUCGUAGUUCCAGUGUGGUCAGAUAAAACCAUUGUAUAGGUAGCGAGUGUUCAUUUCUUCACUAAAUGCUUAUUUAUAGAGUAGGUAGGAACCAUUUGUAAGGUAAGUCCUUUAAAGUUCUAUAAUAUUAAAAGUAGUGGUUAUUGGUCUGAUAUAUGCUGCUCUUGAUUCUACACACUAGACAAAAAAAGCAGUGCUUUGUGAAAUGCAGUGUUUUCUCUUAAUGCCACUGGUGGUAGGAAGUAGUUCUCUUCAGUUCAGACUCCUGUGCCCUUACUUGCUGCUUGCUGACGUAAGCAAUAAUCCCUCUCUAACGGUAUCUAAGUGUUCUGUAUCUCGUACUUUGAUUGUCUAUCCAGUGACAAUGUAAAAAUAUUAGGCUAAUAUCAAAGUAUCUAAUUGUAUUUAUUAACUGUUGAUACUGAGAUUCAGUCUGUGACCUGUGUUUUGUAUUUUUAUCGUGUAUCUUAGUGGUGGUGAAAUUUGUGUAACGAAUCUUUCCAAUAAAGAGCUGAAGUAUCCCUUUUCCGCGUUAACACAGCCCGCAUCAGUUUCAGUUUACGUGUUAACCGUGUUUGCAGAACUAGGAGGUAGGUAGCGAAACCAUUUUUAGUUUGGGUUUUGUUUGGUUGUUUGGUUUUUUUUAAUUAGCAUUGGUUUUGAGAGCCGGGCUCCAGGUGGUUUGUCUGGCGCUGCUCAAAACUUGCCCGUCAGCUCUUCACUGUGAGUUCCCGCGGGAUUCGCUCAGUCCCCGCGCCGGUCGUUUCCUGUGUAGGCUUUUUAAAUGCGCAACUCUGAGGACCGUCUGCGGUGCAGAGAGCAGUAUAGCACCAGACCAGGGAGCUGUUAACCCAUUUCGAUUUGCACUAAAGGUGGGUGGAAACACAUGUAUAUAACUUUUCUUUACCUAGAAGUGCCAUCCAUUGUCCUCGCAAGUUAAAACCAUUCAGCAUUUGAUUUCGAUUGCAUCGUAACGCUGAAGGACAAUGUCAAAGCAGACUUUAACUUACGCCACAUUUAUAGUGGUGCAUCGUCAUAGAACCUCCGCUCUGUGCUUGGAACACUGUGUCAGUGAGAAACGCCUCGGGUCGCUCUGUGGGCAGAUAAGAGGAGGCGUAACGAGUUCGGUGUUUAUAGCCAUGGCUGCUCUAGUUCAGGUCCACUAUCUCCUCACUAAAUCCUCCCGACCCUGGCAAUGUUCUGCGGGAAGAAAAAUGAGAAAGAUUGGUCUAAAUUAGGGGCUGUUUUAGCACAAUUUAUUCACCCGGCACUAGUCACGUAAACAAAGCCAUCGAAGGGGAUACUGCAGCUUUGUUCACGCCUGUAAUUUGGGGCAAUCUUUCUUUGAUUCAUACCCUCUUUGCAACAGGAAAAAAACUUUCUACCCUUGUAUCACGUGCAAUAAGUACUAAUGAAGCAUUAACCCAACCUCGGACUUAAACGUUCAUAUCCUUUUGCAGUCCCCGCUGAUCAGGUGCUCGCACUGUACCUGCCAGCGUUACCGCUAAGAAAUAACCCCCCUUAGGGCCCGCCCCGACGACUGCGUGUGGCAGUUGCAUUCUCUGAGGUGGUUUUUUUUCCUUUCUCUCCUUCGCGCUAGAAGACACCUUGGGACACGAACGGGGGAAGCUGGCCGAGACCACCCCGAGCACUUCUGCUCCUGCACGAGUACGUGUGUAGAUAGCCAGGCGUGUUGUCACUUGCUACACCGGGUGCUCCUGUCGACCUUUCUGUAGUACCUUGUUCAUGAAACUAAUACGUUCUUUAUGAAGUGAAUAAACUAAAGCUAAUCAUUUAACAGUGCUGGGACUGCCCUUUGCAAUCUUGUUCUACAGUUCACAUACGAGUUUAGUUAUAACCAUGUAUUAGUCAUCCUUAUUUUAUUUAUGAAAGCUGUUUAUACAGAAAAACUGUUGAAGUUUUACCAAUAUCUUAAUAAAACAGUAAUUUAAACCACA